AUGUUUAAGCAAGAGGACCACUCGCUGCUGGUUAUACCAGGACCAAUAGAAGUUUCCGAUGAAGUACUUUACGCAAAUGCCCAUCCCUCAGUAUCCCACGUGUCACCCAACUUUAUACCUGUGUUUGGGCACUGUAUCAAGAUGCUCAGGAGCUUGGUCUACAGCGACUCAGCCCAGCCAUUUAUCGUCUCCGGCAGCGGUACACUAGGUUGGGAUCAAGUUGGCAGCAAUCUUAUAGAGUCAGGCGAUAACGCCUUAGUCAUCAACACAGGCUACUUUGGCGAUGAGUUUGGGAAUUGCCUCAGUGUCUAUGGUGGCAACGUUGAUCAUCUAAAGUGCCAAAUCGGUAGAUCCGUCUCGAUUGAUCAAUUGCAAGACACUUUAAAGCAAAAGCAAUACAAGUUAGUCACUUUAACUCACGUAGACACUUCUACUGGUGUUUUGAGUGAUAUUGAAACAGUUGCAAAGGUCGUCAAACAAUUGCAACCUCACUGUUUAGUUGUACUCGAUGGUGUGUGUAGCGUUGGAUCGGAGUUGAUCAGAUUCGAUGACUGGAGCAUCGAUGUAAUUGUCAGCGCAUCUCAGAAAGGAAUCGGUGCUCCACCUGGUUUAUCGCUAGUUUGGGCGUCUGAAAGAGCUAUUAAAGUACAGCAAUCUAGAAAAUCACCAGCAUCAAGCUACUAUGCUAACUGGUCUCGCUGGCUGCCCGUAAUGAGAGCAUACGAGAGUAAUCAACCAGCCUACUUUGCUACACCACCAGUACAACUGAUAUAUGCACUUAACACAACACUCAAGGCUAUAGUUGAGAAUAGCCAUUGUAGCUUGGAACAUCGCUUCAGAAAGCACAAGGAAGUUUCAAACAAUUUCAAGAAAGUUAUCCACAGCUGGGGAUUGAAACAGCUUGCCUGUGAUGAGGGAUAUCAAGCCAAUGGAAUGACAACUAUUGUCUAUCCAAGCGGUGUAAAAGGUGCAGACUUACUCAAGUGUAUUGUUAAGAGAGGUGUCGUCGCUGCAGGUGGAUUGCAUAAGGAUUGCAAGGAUCAAUACAUGAGAGUGGGACACAUGGGUGAAAGUGUAGUGAAUGAGAAGAGACAAGAUGUGGACAGAGUGUUACAAGUGGUGAAAGAGGGAUUGAAUGAGUUGGGCCUCAAACUAAUAUCUACCUUGCCUUGCAUCAUUGAAACUGAGCCGUUAACCCAAGUUGAUCCUAAGAGACCACCCAACAGAAACCAGUUAUCUGAAGCGGGUCUUAUCGGUGCACCGAGUACAUCUCUGCAAGAUGCAUGGCAAAUAUCCAACGACCUCUUAGUCGAGGAUAAUUUACCUUUGGAAUUAAAACUAUUCGCAGUGCAGACGUUUAGAUCAAAAAUUAUCUACGAUUUCGACCAGUUGCCAUAUCAAUCACUAUCCUCACUUAAAGACACUUUGCUUUCCUCUUUAGUUAAAUCUAAUCAUCCACGCGUUUUGAAGACUUAUUUGAAUUUAUCGUUAGCUGAUUUGGCCAUUCAGUACUUUGAUUGGUCAGAUCCCGUGACUGAUUACGUUGAGUCCUUCUACUCGGCAAAUAAUGACAUUCUACUUGACUUUUUGACCAUUUUACCUGAAGAAGUCAAUAAUCAAAGAAUUCAGCUUUCUUACGACCAGCUCUCUCACCGUUCAUCCACUCUCCUUACCAACAACUCCAAUAAAGUCUUACAGCUUUUGGACUCGUAUAUUGCCAAUAGCAACACAGACAAUGCUUUAGUCUUUAAUUGCUUGAAAUCUUGGCUAGUCUCUGGCGAAAUUUUUCCAUCUUCUUUGCUUAAUUCCAACAUUUUGUCCUCCCUUUUAAACUCACUUCAAGACGAAAGUUUGGUCGAGUCUGGUAUUGAAACUCUUAUAGUCCUUAUCAAUGAGUCUCAAGAGCUACAAGAUAAUAACGAGCUAAUCACUGUCAUCUUAUUAGAGUUAUCAAAGCCACUCAACAUUGACCAAGAAGAUAACGACGCUGUUAGACUUUUCACCAGACUGUACUGCCAAGUCGGUGAAACUUACUUGCCGCUCAUGUUAUCAUCACCUUCGUCAUUCAGCCAUGUCAUUCAAGCCAUUAUUUCAUCAUCAUCCUAUCACGAUUUAGACAUAGCCCAGAUCACCUUCAACUUCUGGUACAAGCUGGCUCAUUCUCUGGACAUAAAGAGUGAUUUAAAGCCGCAUUUCGUACCAAUCUACUCGUCUUUGCUUGACAUUUUCAUCAAUCAUUUAAAAUUUCCUCUCGAUGAAUCCACUAUCACUGCUCAAGAGUAUGAUGACUUCAGAUCAUUUAGGCAUUACAUUGGUGACACCUUAAAAGAUUGUUGCACUGUGAUAGGAUCAAGCUACUGCUUGUCUAGGUCGUAUUCCUUGAUUCUUACUGCAAUUAAUUCAAAUGAAUGGCAAUCAGUUGAAGCGCCUCUCUUUUCAAUUAGGUCUAUGGGCUCCAAAGUCGAUUACCAGAGCGACAAUGAAAUUUUAGAGAACAUCUUCAAUUUGCUGCCAAACCUUCCUCAACAUCCUAGAAUCAAGUAUGCAGGUAUAUUGGUUGCUUCUAGGUUUACUGAGUGGAUCAAUUUAAAGCCUGACCACAUUCCAUUCUAUAUGUCGUUUAUCACAACAGGUUUCGAUCUCAGUUGUAAGGAUGUUGACAUCCCUGCUGCUUCUUCGCAAGCUUUAAAGUUCUUAUGCGAAGACUGCAACAAGCAAUUGAUACCUUAUUUACCUCAACUAUUGGAGUUCAACAAUCAACUAAUUCAGUCUGGUUUACAAGAAGAUGAUCACAGAUCUAUCUCCGAAUCCAUCUCUUUGGUCAUUGAGUCCAUCAGCGAUAAGAACGAUCAGUUGGCUCUCAUACAGAAGUUCACUCAACCAUACUUGAAUAAUGUCAAGGGGGUUAUCACGAAGAGCACUUUAUCUCAUGAUGAUAUCAAGAUCUUGAUUAUCAAUAUAGAGCAAAUUGAAUGCUACAUUGCCUUCACAGGUCCAAUCGCACCCUUACCAAUCCAAUGCCAGGUGACUUUUUAUGAGUUGUAUGACGUAUUCGCAAGUAUUAUUGUCCAUCAUAAUAGGUCAUCAGCGACUUUGAUCGAAAGAGUCUGUGGAUUGUUUAGAAAGGGAUUAAGAUUCUUCGAUGAGCAGGCUGUCGUUACAGUUAUACCAAAGUUAAUUGAAUUACUGACCAAUUCAUUCGACUUAAAUCCUCUAUCAGUGUAUAUUUGGUUGCUGACCAAGGCUUUUAACUAUGCUGCUAACGAUAAACAGCUUAUAAGUCAAUCGUUCAACAAAAUAUCUAAUAAAUUAUUCUCAAUUUUACAAUCAACUGAUGCAACCAAAAUACCUGACUUAGUUGAAGAUUAUUUGCAUUUAUUACUACAGAUCAUUGAUCUCAGACCUGCACUCGUUAUCAAUGGAAGCGUGAUUCAGCCUAUUUUCGAAUUAUCCCUCACUGCAUUAACGUUGUUUAGUGUUGACACAAUCUUGAUCUCAUUGGAUUUCAUAAGAUCAUUAGUUGGAUACUUAACUAGUGGUGACAACGUUGAAGUGGACAAAAAUACAAUCAAGAACACCCUCUCGAAUCAUACUAAUAUCGCCAAUUUAACAAAAGUACUAUUACAAGGUUUACUCAACACCUUCCCGGAAGACUGCACCAGUACGGUUAUCACUCUCCUAAGACAGCUUUCAGAGUUCGAUGCUGCGCUGAUGAAAAACGUCAUACCUGCUAUUAUUCAGCAAUCCAAGCUGGUCAAUGUGGGUAUGGCGGAUCAGAGCUUUUUCAUUGACAAGUAUACGUCCUGUAUAGAGGCUUGUGACUUUAAUGGAGUUAGGAAAGCUCUUCAUGAGCUAUAUCGCGCUAGCAAGAGAUCGAAGGAGAGACUCGGUCUGAUUGAAAGUUAA